GACACUGCACUCUGUGAGAUGUUAGGAAGCCCGGAGUUUCCACUGUUAUCUAAGAAAGGAGAUGUCACUAUUGGAGGAACAUUCUCCAUCCACAGCCAAAUUUCAAAGCCUCCACUCGCCUUCAGAGAUACUCCAGAGCCUCUCAUGUGCUCCGGGUUAAAUUUCAGGGAACUUCGUUUUGCCGAAACAAUGAUUUUUGCCAUUGAGGAGAUCAACAAUAGCAGCUAUUUAUUGCCUAAUAUUUCAGUUGGUUAUAAGAUCUUUGACAGCUGUGGUUCAACGCUGCCUUCGACACAUGCAGCAAUGGGUCUAAUGAAUGGACAGGAAAGGACUGUGAGAAAAACCUGCUCAAGCCAGUCAUCUGUUCAUGCCAUCAUAGGAGCCUCCGAGUCCUCCUCAACCAUUGUGAUGCUACAAGUUUCAGGGAUUUUCCAAAUACCGGUGAUCAGUCACUUUGCCACAUGUGCUUGUCUGAGCAACAGAAAUGAGUACCCCUCUUUCUUCAGAACCAUACCCAGUGACUACUACCAGAGCAGAGCCCUGGCAAAACUGGUAAAACACUUUGACUGGACAUGGGUUGGCACAGUUAGAAGUGACAAUGACUAUGGGAAUAGUGGCAUGGCAACAUUUAUCGCAGCUGCAAUCCAGGAGGGGGUUUGUAUUGAAUAUUCAGAAGCUAUCUCAAGGACUGACUCCAGUGAGCACAUUGCCAGGGUGGUCCAAGUGAUCCGUACCGGUAGCGCAAGAGUUUUAGUUGCCUUCCUUGCCCAGAGCGAAAUGGACAUUCUUCUAGAGGAAGUUCUGAACCAGAAUUUGACUGGGUUGCAGUGGGUGGGCAGUGAAUCCUGGGUUACAGCAGGUUAUUUUGCCAGUAAAAGGUACUCUGGCAUCCUGACAGGGACUCUGGGCUUCAGUAUUAGAAGGACAAAGAUCACAGGCCUGCAAGAGUUCCUUUUACAAGUUAACCCAACCCAGGAUCCUCAGAAUAAUCUGCUGAGAGAGUUCUGGGAAGCAACAUUUGGCUGCAAAUUUCAAUCCAGUCUGCAUGGUGAGACUCAGUGCACUGGCUCUGAGAGACUGCAGGAAAUUAACAAUCCUUUCACAGAUGUGUCACAACUACGGAUAUCUAACAAUGUGUAUAAGGCUGUGUAUGCUGUGGCUUAUGCCAUGCAUAACAUGUUAAACUGUGGGCAAAAUGGUGAAGUGGUAAAUCAGUCAUGUAUCUGGAAAGAGCACUUCGAGUCAAAACAGGUUGUAAAACAUCUCCAAGGUGUGAAUUUCACUCUUCAGUCAGGAGAAAGAGUAUAUUUUGAUGUAAAUGGAGACCCUGCAGCAGUUUAUGAGCUGGUGAACUGGCAGAGAAAUGAAGCAGGAGAUAUUGUAAUUGUGGGUAUAGGUAGCUACAAUGCUUCACAGCAAAAUGGAAAGCAGCUUACCAUAAGUGGAAUAAACAUAACAUGGGCUGCUGAAUCCCUGCAGAGGCCACAGUCUGUCUGCAGUGAGAGCUGUCUGCCAGGUUUCCGGCAGGCCGUUAUUAAAGGUAAACCCAUCUGCUGUUUCUCCUGUGUUGCCUGUGCUGCUGGUGAGAUCAGCAACUCCAGUAAUUCUGCAGAGUGUUCACGGUGUCCACUGGAGUACUGGCCAAAUGAAGAUCACAGCCAGUGUGUUCCAAAGGUGAUCGAGUUCCUAUCUUAUGAAGAAACCAUGGGGGCCCUCCUCACCUCUUUCUCAUUAUUUGGUGCAAGUUUAACAUUGGUGGUGUCAUGCGUCUUCUUUCGAUUUCGUCACACACCUCUUGUCAAAGCCAGUAACUCUGAACUGAGCUUCCUGCUGCUCUUCUCCUUGACUCUGUGUUUCCUGUGUUCUCUGACCUUCCUAGGCCAGCCCACCAAGUGGUCCUGCAUGCUGCGACACACAUCUUUUGGUAUUGCCUUUGCUUUGUGCAUGUCCUGUAUUUUGGCUAAAACCUCAGCAGUGGUGAUUGCUUUUAAGGCUAGAAGGCCAGCAAACACAGUUCCUCAGUGUUCUCACCUGCUUCAGAGAACAAGUGUUCUUAGCUGUACUUUACUGCAGGCAUUAGUUUGCUUGCUGUGGUUAAAUCUCGCUCCACCAUUCCCAUACAAAAAUGCAGCUCAUGCCACUGAAAGGAUUAUUCUCGAGUGUGAUUUGGGUUCAACUAUAGGGUUCUGGGCUGUGCUGGGGUAUAUAGGACUCCUGGCUGCACUAUGCUUCAUCCUGGCUUUUCCGGCUCGAAAGCUACCUGAUAAUUUCAAUGAAGCCAAGUUUAUCACCUUCAGCAUGUUGAUAUUCUGUGCAGUCUGGAUCGCUUUUAUUCCAGCAUAUGUCAGCUCUCCUGGGAAGUUCACUGUAGCAGUAGAGAUAUUUGCUAUGCUGGCCUCCAGUUUUGGACUGCUUUUCUGUAUAUUUGCUCCAAAAUGUUAUAUUUUACUAUUAAAACCAGAGAGAAAUACAAAAAAAUAUAUGAUGGGGAGAAACCAGUCAGAAUCUAUAUAA